AUGCUCACCACUGACAUCGACGACGACGAUGACGACGACAACUUCGAAGCGGCCCUCGUUCACAUGUUUCUCAGCUACCUGCCCUUCUUUCUCAGACUUGUCUACUGGCGUUGGCCGGUAUCAAGUCCGGUGAGCAAACGGGUGAGACUGUCUCGCCGGCCCAUCGGAGGUACCAAGUUCUCUGUCUCAAGGGCCCCACCUGACCGGGACCGGGACAGGAGCCAGCUCUCACGUGUCUCGGCACACCGCCAGUCGCCAGAAGUGACCGAUCGCGAGCCGGAGUGCUCAGGGCCCACGAUCACUCUCCCACGGUGCGGUGUUGAGGUAGCGGGCGUCGAUGUUGCGGAGGACUCGGCUGCCUCUCCCGACUCGAGUCACGACUAG